CCUUCCUUUUCCAUCCCCAAAAUGAAACGUACCGUAACUCUCACCAUCGUAUCGUAACGUACCAUACCGUUCCUACCGUSCAGURAAUCCGAGACCAGACAUCAUUCCGUACUCCGUACACUAAACAUUAUCUUUCAGAUACCGAUACUCGUAUUUCUUCCACCAUCAGCUAGAAGCUCUCCUGCACRCAACGUACAGCACGAUAUCGGAUCKUAACGUUCCAAGAUCGUCACAGCCAUGCAAUUUACCAAAGUUUCCUCGCUGGGUGUYUUAAUAGUGGCGGCGUUCCCCACGUGUACGUCGUUCGUGACAGAGACCUGUAUUGUACGCAGUGUUCCUUCCAAGGAGUCACAAGGUAUAAUAAGAAACGAGAAGGAUGCGACACGUUUUUCGAUGUCUUUGUCGCCGCAGGACACAGAAACAUCUGAAUGGUCAAGCCGUCUWAUUGAACAAACCAAAGAAGCUGCGUUCUGCGCGAACAUGGUACUGUCAGCCGUCUUCCACCCAUCGGAAAAGGUAGAACCUGAAGAUAUUGUCAAGAUUUGCGACGAGAUUGACGMGAUCUCUGAUUCAUCUGGUAGCAGCAAUAUACGCGUGAAGGCGCUAGAGACAAAACGCUACGAAUACCUUGCUAAGCUGAUGCAAAAAGACUACGAAGCCUAUGUCGCAACUGCAAGCUUUCUGAGCCCCAGUCGGAUUCCACGAAGACAGCUCCCAAAUUUGCAAGACGUAACCAUUGAUAAGAAUUCUGUCCCAAAUGAUUACGAAGUCAAGGAAGAUGGUUCURUUCCGUUGGUUGCGGACUGCGAGUUAGAGCCCAAGAUAUUCAACGACAACAUUCUGGAUACUGUCCUGUUAGCGAUUUUCCGAAAACUUGUCGAAAAGAAUACRAAUGGCGUGUCUUCUGAGAAGAAGGGCAUCGACGGCCUCUUAGAGCAAGGACGAACGUUCAUGCUUCAACCUGGACAAACGCCCGAAGCACAGCAUAAGAUGGUCUCAGAUACACUUGCUGGAUUGAUGACUCCCGUCCUACCACCGUUUUAUCGUAUUUUCAUGUCUGGCAUUGUCCCAGAAAUAGGGACUAAGUGGGAUGGCAAGCAGAUUGGCCCGUGGUUUUACGCGCCGUGGUUGACCACGAUAGUGACGCCCACUUUUUUUGGUUUUUUGGUUGGACCAUCAUACCCCAAUCGUCGCAAAGAUGGAAACUUAGGAGGUCUUGUCGUUGAGAAGUGCAAGUUUUUACAAGAGAGUGGGUGCAAAGGAUUGUGUUUGCAUCAAUGCAAGUUACCAGCCCAGCAAUUCUUUCAAGAAAAUCUUGGUUUGCCCCUUACAGUUAGUCCCAACUUCGUAACUCAAGAAUGCCAAUGGAGUUUUGGAGAAACACCUCUUCCACCUUCCGAGGAYAAGAGUUUCCCGAAGGGAUGUUUGGUUGGCUGUGAAUCUAGGAAAGCACUCGCUGCAUCGGGGUCGACAGCAGAUGCUUGCAACUAAAGGAGGAAGAGGUCAGUCCUACUAUGUACACAAUAUCUAUCGGAAAACUACGUGUACGGAAAAGCGAGCGCAGUAAAAGCUGCCAUGCAUGUCUAUACCGAUGGUACCUUUCCUUCCCUUCCCAGACGUCGUUAUGUAACACAUAAAAGAAGUCAAUAAUUGUUAUGGAUCGAUAAAUGGCCGAGCAUUUGAUGAAAUGUGAAUAGGAGAGUAGUGGUGAACGUAAUCCAAGUUCGCAGACGGCAUUAUCGGGAGAGUGAAAGCUUUCACGAAGGGUACUUUCAAAUUUUAAURAGCUAAAAUUCAAAAAUAGAACGCAACAAAACGCAACUUCCAUUAGUUUAGUUCAUACCGCUGAGCUUUUGCUAUGCAAGAUAGAUGCAAGGUAURUCUGUGAAUCGCAAUUAAGUGUCUUCAGGCUUGAAUUUCGACUUCUCGUAUCUCRAAGUAGACUUAUUCGGUUUUCUUCCAGUAAAAUUCUGAUAUCAGUUGAAGUAACUUUGGGCUUGAUUCCAUGCAUUUCGAAGAAAUCGAAGCAACCGAGGAAGCCCCAACCAUUGCUGGCACUCCUCAUUGUUUACCUACUGGUACUCCUUCAAAGAACAAGGCURCAAAGGUGAGCAACAAGAAGACUGCGAAGUGAGAUCCUACCUCACCAAAACAAAGAAGGCAAGCACUGACAACGUCCUUUCAGCUCUGCAGAUCAUGAUGAAUUACCAGGAAAGGACAAAGAACUCUUUCCUUGAAAUUGCAAGUCRUACAUGGAGAACAACAACAAUGGCAGCAACAACAAGGAGAGGGAUCUCUUUGUGAACCAGGAAUUAGAAGCAUUUAGUGAUUACAUUGAUGGCUUUGUGCUAUUGUUAACAGWUAUAAUGAGAAACUAUGUGUCAACUAAUGCUAAUCAAUACAUCAUGUUACA